AUGGCUGAACUCGGCCUCGCCAUCGUAGCCACGGUGGACCUCGCCAUAAAAUGGGGAACCCAACUGGUGAAGCUAUGCAAAACCUAUCGUGAUUACAAUAUCACUAUCCGAGACAGUUCCCUCCAGUUCGAGAUGAUAUGGCUCAAAGCUCAGAAACAGCUUGCGUUCAUGAAAGAACUGGAGCAUGUCCUCGACGAACAUCACCGGAGUCUCAACGUGCAAGCCACUGACCGGCUGAAGACGCAAUUUGAAAAUGCCGUUCGCAAACUUCAAGAGUUCACGGUGCACGACGCACAAGGAAGCGGAGUGCUGGCGCAGAUAAGGAAGAAGGCGAUUAAGUGGAAGUAUGCCAUUGUUAAAGAGACGGUCGAUGCGGUCAUUGAGGAGCUCCAGAAAUGGCAGGCUCUGGCUGAUCCAAGCUGGUAUCUGAUGUUGAAAAUGGCAAACAGCCAGAUUGAUCAGACACUCCGUUCGAACGAAAAAACAGCCACCGACGCUUUCCCAGAGACGAUGCGUAUACGCCAGGUUACCAGAUCUACGAGCGCCUCGCCCAAUACUGGAAUCUUCCUCCCGGCAGGAGAGCUUGCCAAGAUGACGAUAUCGGACGUCCCCAUGAGCACUCUGCAGAUGGCUCAUCGGGCGACUUCUACCGGGGUCCAACACCUCCUUCUCACGACUGUAGAGUGCACGGCAGGUACCGAUGUGAACCAAAAGGCCAGGGAAGUCAGGGAGCUUGCACGGAAGCUCUCAGUCAAUGAUCCCGCCACAUUCAGCCUACUAUCAUGCAAGGGCGUGAUAAAACGAGCCACCGACGCUCCCAACGGGCAGCCUUUGGUCUCUUUCACCAUGGUGUUCCGGUCGCCAAACAAUGCAGCCGAUACAAAAAGUCUACGCGCAAAGCUACUCAGUAUCCAUGAUUUCGUGUCCGUGUCCAACAAGAUCACAUUUGCACGACAGCUGGCCAAGUCUGUCGCCUACGUCCACAACUUUGGAUUUGUCCACAAAAGCAUUCGGCCUGAAAACAUAGUCAUAUUUGAAGGCGAGGGUAAGGAGCCAGCAGGGAUGUAUUUGGCCGGCCUCAGCAACUUCCGUAGGGAUGAAGGAAGAACCUACCGCCUGGAAGAUGGAACGUGGGACAAAGAUAUCUAUCUUCACCCACAGCGACAGGGUCCGCUCCCCCGCGAAGACUACCAAAUGCAGCAUGAUAUAUACAGCCUGGGAGUCUGUCUAUUGGAGAUCGGCUUUUGGGAUUCCUUUGUCCGGUUUGAUGCCGACGGGAAGACAACUACAGCAACAUCCAUGCUACAUCAGUUUUCGGUGGAUUGCCAGGCUGGCAAAACCACAAUCCAAGGCUCCAAGGAAUAUUUCUUGAACCUCUGCAGGAGCCAACUGCCCCGUUACAUGGUUGGACGGUACUGCGAGAUUGUUGAGACGUGCUUGACCUGUCUGGACCAGGGCAAUGUGGACUUUGGUGAUGAGAGCGAGUUCCAAGAUCCCGAUGGUAUUUUAGUGGGUGUGAGAUACAUCGAGAAGGUAUUGUCUCGCCUAAAUGAAAUCACGAUCUAG